AUGACUGAACCGAUGGACUCGGCUCCCACUUCCUCUGCGCAGGCUGGUGCGCCCGCCCAACCCCCAUCCCAACCUGCGACCGAGAACCCCCCUUCGCAGCAAAAUCUCCCGAUCCGCGAUGCAAAGAGCGCAAAAGACAAGGGCCCCGCACAGCCAGACAAACAACCAGCGAAGGGCAAAGAUGCCCCCGCACCAGCUGCCGGAACUGAAUCUGGUGCUGCCGCAGGUGGUGACAAGCCCCUCAGCCCCGCCGAGCUGAAAAAGAAGGCCAAGGCGGACAAAGCUGCUCGACGCGCAAAGGAAAAAAUUGAAAAAGAUGGCGGAGCUGGUGCUGCGGGCGGUCCAGCUUCUGGAGCCGGUCAGGCUCGUCCCCCAGCUACCCCGAGGAAAGACGUUGCCCCUGGUAGCGCUGCGCAGAAGGGAUCAAAGACGCCACUGCUGCGCCGGGGAUCUCACGGCGGCGGCAGCGCAGCUGUCGAGCAGAAGAAAAAGAAGGAAGAUAAGAGCGUCGCUGUAUUCGGUCAUCUGUAUGGCCAGCAGCGUAGGACUACUGUUGCUGGUGCCGGCAAAGAAGUGCACCCUGCGGUGCUGGCGCUGGGUCUGCAGCUGAGGGACUAUGUGGUUUGUGGCAGCAGUGCACGAUGCGUUGCUACUAUGCUUGCCUUCAAGCGAGUCGUCGAAUCCUACACUACACCUUUGGGUACUUCGCUCCCUCGCCACCUGACAACACAUCUUUCGCAUCAGAUUACCUAUCUCUCGACAUGCCGGCCACUCUCUAUCAGUCAAGGAAACGCCAUUCGUGCCUUGAAGCUGGCUAUUGCCGAUAUCGACCCCUCCACGCCCGAGUCAGCCGCCAAGACCACAUUGUGCGAAUUCAUUGAUAGCUUCAUCCGCGAAAAAAUCACAGUUGCGGAUCAGGUAAUCGCAGAAAGUGCGGCUCAGAAGAUUCAGGAUGGCGAUGUUAUUGUAACUUUUGCGGGUAGCUCAAUCGUGAAGCAGACACUUCUGGCAGCACACAAUGAUGGGAAGCAAUUCCGGGUAUCGAUCAUCGAUUCACGUCCUCUGUUUGAAGGAAAGAACCUCGCUCGCGCCCUCGCCAAUGCCGGUCUGGAUGUACAAUACUCACUGGUGCAUGGUAUAAGCCACGCAAUUAAGGACGCUACUAAGGUUUUCCUGGGUGCCCACGCCAUGACCAGUAACGGUCGCCUAUACUCCCGCGUCGGUACCGCCUUGGUAGCUAUGUCUGCCAAGGAACGUGCCGGUGGCGUCGAAGUUCCCGUUAUCGUAUGCUGCGAGACAGUCAAGUUUACCGAUCGUGUCGCACUGGACAGUAUUGUCGUCAAUGAAAUUGCCGAUGCCGACGAGCUUGUCUCGGCCAAUACCGCGCAGCAGGUUACUGGUCUUCCCGACCCGGCAGCAUUCACUGCUCCCCCUGUUGACCCCAAGAAGGGCAAAGGUGGGAAGUCUGCCUCCAACGCCCCUACUCCCGACCCCGUUUCGUCUGAACGUGUUCCCUCUCCUUCACCCCUCGCCAGCUGGAAGGACACCCAUAACCUCCAGCUCCUCAACUUGAUGUAUGACGCUACUCCGGCCGAGUAUGUGGAUAUGGUAAUUACUGAAUUGGGCAGCUUGCCUCCCAGUGCCGUGCCCAUUGUCCACCGGAUGAGCACGAAUAUGUGA